AUGUGCAUCGCCCUCUUGACGACAGCCCAUCCGGACUAUGCGCUCAUCGUCAUCGACAACCGCGAUGAGUUUAUCCUGCGGCCGACGUCACGGCCCCACUGGUGGUCACCGACCGGGGACGACCGUUCUGGCUCCCGGCUGAUCCUCUCGUCCCGCGACCUGCAGCGCAACGAACACGGCACCUGGUUGGGCAUCACGCGCGACGGCAACAUGGCGGUGCUGACCAACUUCCGCGAGGAGAACUGCAGCGACCAGGCCCAUCCGGUGCACGGCCAGCGCAGCCGAGGCGGCAUGGUGACGGCCUGGCUGACGGCCGACGCAGCCUCGACGACGGAGCAGUUUGUGCAGCACAUGCUUGAGGGUGAGGGCGUGCGGGGUGUCGGGGGCUUCUCGCUGAUCUGUGGCAAGCUGCGGCGGCGGCGGGGAAAGGGAAACGAACACAGACAAGACGGCAUCGAGCCGCUGGCCAUCAUCUCCAAUCGGGCCGACGAGUUGGCUCAGGUGCCCUGGAUUGCCGGCCGGCGCGGCGAGGUGUACGGGCUGUCCAACGUUUGCUACGAUGACCCCGAGGUCUGGCCCAAGGUGCGGGACGGCAAGGAGGCGCUGCGCCGGCUGGUGGAGGCAUCCCAGGACGGACACAAGGACAGACCAGAGUGUCAGUCGGCUGACGAGCUGCGCGCGGCCCUUUUUGGCAUCCUCGACCGCGACACACUGCCCCAGCGGCCAGACCUCUCGUUCGAGGACCACAUCCCGUUGUUGAAACAGUCCAUCUUCGUGCCGGCCAUCGGCGACGGGGCCCAUCGCGCAGCCAUGACGGCGGCCAUGGCCGGAGGCCCACGUGAGGCGCUCUCGACGGCAGCUGCCAUUGCCGGCGCUGACGCCCAGCUGGCACACACCGAGCGGCCAGACGAGCAGGGCGGCAUGGGUUUCAUGACCGGUCUCUAUGGCACGCAGCGCCAGACCGUCCUGCUGGUCGACUGGCACGGUAACGUCUCGUUUACGGAGCGCGCGCUCUGGGAUGCCAACGGUCAUACGAUCCCACGCGGCAAGGGCGAUGUGCAGUUUGACUUUCAAAUCCAGGGCUGGGACGAGGACGACAAGACAGAGACGACGGAAAUUACAAACUUGGCAUGA